AUGGAGUUGAUGAGCUCGACCAGAAGAGUGUGGGCAGGCGAGAAGAGUGUGGUGACUGACGUGGAGGGGCAGUGCACUGACGUGGAGGGGCAGUGCACUGACGUGGAGGGGCAGUGCACUGACGUGGAGGGGCUGUGCACUGACGUGGAGGGGCAGUGCACUGACGUGGAGGGGCAGUGCACUGACGUGGAGGGGCAGUGCACUGACGUGGAGGGGCAGUGCACUGACGUGGAGGGGCAGUGCACUGACGUGGAGGGGCAGUGCACUGACGUGGAGGGGCAGUGCACUGACGUGGAGGGGCAGUGCACUGACGUGGAGGGGCAGUGCACUGACGUGGAGGGGCAGUGCAAUGACGUGGAGGGGCUGUGCACUGACGUGGAGGGGCAGUGCACUGACGUGGAGGGGCAGUGCACUGACGUGGAGGGGCUGUGCACUGACGUGGAGGGGCAGUGCACUGACGUGGAGGGGCAGUGCACUGACGUGGAGGGGCAGUGCACUGACGUGGAGGGGCAGUGCACUGACGUGGAGGGGCAGUGCACUGACGUGGAGGGGCAGUGCACUGACGUGGAGGGGCAGUGCACUGACGUGGAGGGGCAGUGCACUGACGUGGAGGGGCAGUGCACUGACGUGGAGGGGCAGUGCAAUGACGUGGAGGGGCUGUGCACUGACGUGGAGGGGCAGUGCACUGACGUGGAGGGGCAGUGCACUGACGUGGAGGGGCAGUGCACUGACGUGGAGGGGCAGUGCACUGACGUGGAGGGGCAGUGCACUGACGUGGAGGGGCAGUGCAUUGACGUGGAGGGGCAGUGCAAUGACGUGGAGGGGCAUUGCACUGACGUGGAGGGGCAGGUGUCAUUGAAGAGCACGUCCUCGUUGGAGUUGUUGAAGUUGUUUCCGCACUGCCCAAAGCUGUGCGUUGUGGGGACCGUGGUUAGGCGCACAGGUGUGUGGACGGCAUGGUAUUAG